AAUGAAAGAGUGAGUGGUGGUGCAUGAUUAAAUGUAUAUCCCUAACACGUUCAAGUUGCGUUCCGGCAUUGACAAGUGACAAAAACAAGAAACAAAGAGACAAAGAAGCUGCUACUGUAAUGUAAGUAAUAAAAAGCGUUGAAAAAAAAGAAGAGAAGUGUCACCUGGUUGGGAUCCCCUUGUGAUGGAAGAAGAGAGCACUUCAGCGGAAUCCAACGCGCCGAGCGAGCGCGUCAAGCUAAACGUCGGCGGAAAGCUCUUCGAGACGACGCUGACAACGCUCCGCUCCGGCGGCCCAGACUCACUCCUCUUCGCCCUCUCCAACCGCCGCUCCGCCAACCCCAGCCCCGUCUUCAUCGACCGCGACCCCGAGAUCUUCUCCGUCCUCCUCUCCCUCCUCCGCACCUCCCACCUCCCCUCCACCGCGCGCCGCUUCUCCAAGCAGGAGCUCGCCGAGGAGGCCCUCUUCUACGGCAUCGACGCCCACCUCCGCGCCGCCACCGCCCCUCCUCCGUUCUUCGGCAUCGACGCCGCCCUCGCCGCCUCCAUCCGCCCCGCCUCCGAGGGCCUCCCCUCCUCCUUCGCCGCCGCUGACUCCGGCGCCGUCUGGAUCGCCCACGGCGGCCAGAUCUCCGGCUACGACUCCAACCUCACCCACUCCGCCACCGUCCGCACGCACCUCGACGACAUCGACUCCAUCUGCAAGGUCUGGCCGGAGAUCGCCGCCGUGGGCUCCACCUCCGACGCCGGCCUCCACUUCUACAACUUCUCCGGCAGCCGCCACGUCGGAUCGGUCCACUGGACCGAUCCCUUGGAUCCUCGAAUCUUCAAAGCGCGCGUCAAUUCGAUAACCGCGUCGGAGAAUUCGGUUUUCGCGUCUUUCGAUUGUCCUCACAGAGAGAAUUGUAUUCUCGAAGUGGACAAGGCGAGGCUUCAGAUUAAUUCGCAGUUAGGUCGCCAAUCGGGGAACCAGGCGAAGAACAUCGUUCCCGGGAAGCUGACGUGGAUUCCGGCGACCGGAGUUCUCGUCGGAAGCGCGGUCACCGGCGGCGCGUUCGGUUACUCCGGCUACAUUCGGUUGUGGGACCCGAGGUCCGGGGAGGUGGUUUGGGAGACGCACGAGCCUGGCUCGGGACGGAGCAGCAGGUUCGGGGAUUCGUUUGCUGACGUGGAUGUUGACGUGGAGGGGUUGUUGCUUUUUAAGCUGUGUUCCAAGUCGGGGGAUUUGGCUAUGGCGGAUAUGAGGUUUUUGAAGGAGGAUCCUUGGGUUUAUUUGAAGGAGAAGAACCCUAGUUUGGUGAGUUAUGGUGAAGUGAGGAAUAGUGUGGUGCAUUGUUAUAAGGGGCAACUCUUUGUGGCUAGAGAAGGAGAGUUAGAGGUUUGGUCCAGGGUAGAAAGUGGUGAUGUUGAAAGUGAGAGUGAUGAUGCUGAGAGGUUUUAUAGGAGGAAUUUUGUGGAUAAGAGGGAGGAUUCAGAGAGAGGGGUUAUAAAGAAGAUUGAAGGUGGUGGGGAUAGGUUGUUUGUUAGUAGGGAAGAUGUUGAGGGUAUUGAAGUAUGGGAGAGCUCUCGUUCUGCUGGAGCUAUUUCUGUUUUGUGACACGGGAUAGACAAAGUUUUAGUUAGGUUGGGCCAUAAUUGUUGUCAGAAUUACAAGAAUAAAAUGUAAUUUGUUUUUUGUAAACCAUAAUUUGAUGCAACUUUGUCUGUGUCAGGAGAUGCAUUAUCAUGGUGAUAGUUCUGUUGUUUUUGGUUCAUUUCCUGUCAAUGUAAUGUUCUUAUCAAUUAACCUUUAGGACAAGUGCAUGCAUUAAUAUCAAUGCAAACUUUUUUUCUUUCUUCUUGAUUUUACUUUUCUGCAAAUGCCUCACUGAACUUUCUUUGCCCUCUAUUGUUGUUUUUGCUGCAUUUUGUUAACUAUGUCAUCUUAAUAGAUUAUUAUUAUACUUUUGUGAAGUCCUAUUCUUCUCGAAAGAGCUCCUCUUCUCCAUUCUUCCACUAUGGUCAUUUAAUUUUAUUUCAUGAUGAAAGCCUCAGAUUAAUGUGGUUUGUUUCAGUUAUGAACUCCCUUUUAUUCAUUGGACUAUUGGCUGAUUAUUAAGUUUGGAGUUUCACUAACCUUAGUUCCCAGGAUCUCCAAUUUCAGGUAAGCUUCCAUCAUGUGUAUAAUUACUAGUAAUUUGUCAAUAUUUGUUGAUUGUCAUUCCUAAACAUUUUAUGUAUGGAUGUUAUCAUUCAAAUAUGUAAAUACUUCAUUUAAUAUUAAUUACAUAGAAUUUGCCAUUCUGCGUUAAGAUGGGAUGUGUGGAUAGGACAUAGUUUUCAGUCCCAUUAUUUCAUUACUACUCUCCCAUGCUUUUUCAAUUAGCUGAUUGCUUAUUUCUGGUCAUAUAUCCUAUAUUUUUAUUUCCUGUACCAAGCCAUUGUUUACUGAUAUGAUCAAGAAAUAAGAACAUUAGCAUGUUUAUGUGCUCUAUAGUUUCUGUUAUACUCACUAUCUGAAGUCUGAAGUCACUAGCUGUGCAAUGUACUUCUAUUGAUACCAUUAGGACAGUUUAGAUGCCUAGAGCAAAUAACCAAAUGAAUCAUCAGAUCAUUAUGCGCGUUCAGUUAGCAACUUGAGAGAUUAACUUAAAAUUAUAAGAUCAAAACUGUCUUUGAAAUUACCACUACUCUGCAAUCACUACGAUAUGCCCCGUCAUUCAACUCAGUUUGCAAACUUAGGCUUACUCUUGGGUCUUAGUUUGUCUGUUUCCUUGCAUCUGAAACCUAUAACCCAAACUCUCUUAUUCUUGGGGUGAGUUUUGUUGAUAGGUGCUUGCUGGAGCAACAGGGUUAAGGCUGAGUCCUUCCAAUACAGGUAAGCUGCUUCUGCUUCUUGACUUGCAUGUGAUACCAAUUUGUUUCCUCCUAAUAUCUGAAUGAGCUAAUUAUUUUUCAAGAUUUAUUUCCAAGUUAUUAACUUUAUGGAGAUUUUGGCUGCCGUAGAAAUGUAUCUUAGUCUGUCUGUAUGACAGGCUUGAGACCCUUCCACUUUUUGGCUGGUUUUUCUCAUCUCGUGUGGUGAUCUUUGGUUCAUCGCAGUUGAAUUUGAUCUGGACCCAAUGAAUGUCUGAAUUCUAGAAUUGGGCCUUGCUGUAAAUUUUAGUUUUUUUUUUUAAAUCUCCAUUAAGAAAUAGGGUUUUCACUCUGGUGAUUCCUGGAAGAAAAACUGUAUUUUGAAUUUGAGAGAAAAUAUUGUUAAUAGCAUAAGGAUAAUUUGCGACUUUGGUUGGAUUUGUAAAUUUGUUAAGGAGUGAUGGGCCUUUUUGUUGUUUGUUGUAAGGAAGGUGAUUGAAUUUUUGUAAACUUGUACUUGGUAUUUAUGAAGGGUUCACUCCUAGAAGUGUGAGCUGAGAUGGUUAUGGUAUCAACUCAAAUAGCAGGAGCUCAUCAGCCUCCAGAUUCCCAUGACUGUUUGGAGUGAGAUAUUAUAAUCUUCCAAUUUGAAAAGCUUCUGCCACAAUGAGCUCAGAAUGGCCACAAGAAAUUUUUGUCCAGAUAGUGUUUUAGUUGAGGGUGGAUUUGGUUCAAUUUUUAAGGAUUGGAUUGGUGGAACUCUUCCCUCAAAGCUCCAAACGAGUUUCUCCUCCCUAUGGACUAGAUAGAGGCACUCUCCUUCUAUGAUGACUCCAUUGAUCGGCUUGCCAUAGCUAACAUAAACAUUUUCCAAAGUCGGAGGUGCAGCUCGCACAAUUGGGCACUAAGGUCACCAAUUCUCAAGUACAACCAAGGAGGAAUAGAAUCAUUGUGAGAAACCAUAAAUCGACCCACCUAACUCUUAGACCACCACCUCCAAAGCCAACAGAGUCAGAUACUUUCAUUCGGAGAAAUGAGUUCUCAGCAGUUGUUAAGUUCUCGUUUACUGACAGCCUGGCUGCGAUUCCAUCGCAGAAGCCACUACCUCCACCACCAUUCCAUUUCCUCAGUUUCCACCAUACCAAUCUGCUGCUCGAUCUCUCGCACCCACACUCUCAUCCACUACCAAAAAGCAAAAUUAGUGUGAUUGCCAUCAAUACCCCAAUUGAUCCAUUAUUCUCCAGCUAUGGAUAUGCUAUGAAUGUUCCUGAUAGGAAGGACCACACUCCACAUUUGAAAGUGGUAAUGGGAGUAAAUGCAGUCAUUUGUGCAUUUCUGAUUUCCUGUUGUGCUCAAUCUCAACAGUGGGACCCAGGUGUGUUAUCUUCUUCAAUGGGAAGGUCAACAUGAACGAGAGAUCCCUUGGACAAAGGAAAUUUGAGUUUUUCGAGGUUUUGUCAUUUUCUUAAAUUUCUAGCAAAUCUCCUCUCUUUAUAGGGUAUCUUUUUCCUCAUGGGACCCAUCUCUAUUUACCCUCAAAUCCUCACAAAUCACUCUCCCAAACAACCUAACCUUUUUCAAUUCUCUACAAAUCAUCCCUCGUUUCUUCUAAUCUACUCUAAAUCAUGUCUCCCAAACACACUCUAAGGGCAAGGUUGAUUUUGAAGAGUGAGUAAUGAUUUGCAUCACCAAACCAUAGCUGAAACAAGCUCUACAGUUGAGUCACUA